GCGUUUUCCACCAACAUUAUACUGCCGACUGGGUUCACCAAAGCCAUGGCGCAAAGACCCCAAUCAACGACCGAGUUGAAUGCGUUGGCGGCCAUUCAAUUCGAUUCAAAAACACCUAUACGACUCUACUUUCGCUCGGCCGAUCUUCUUAUCAAGCAAGCUCGUGUCUACAAAGCAGAAAACGAUCUUCGUCAUGCCUAUAUAUUGUACAUGAAGUACACCAAUCUGGGCAUUAACGAAUUGCCAAAGCAUGCCGAAUACAAACGAAGCGAGAACAAACCGGCCAUCAAAGUUAUUCGACAGAAUUGCCUUGAAGCAUUGAAUGCACUGGAGACCAUGAAACCGGUUUUGGAUGCCGAGUAUCGCGCUUAUGAGAAAAGAGUUCAGGCCGCUAAAGAAGCCGUCAAACGAGAACCACCGCCGGCAACCUCAGAUGAAGGCACUGUCACAGAAGCUCAACGUGAAUGGUCACUUCAAGAAGCGCUCAAAGGAGUUGCUGGGGUGGGAUAUGAUACAAGUUGUCGGUCGGGUUCGGUACCUACUGCAGAUCAUCGAGACCAACCGAGAUACGCUUCAGCAAUUCAUCCAAAUCGAAGUGACGGAUUUUCGUAUCAUGCAAGUCCAUUGGCAAGUAUGCGACAGGGGCCCGUGUCACCGGGUCCAGUGGAUCGAUUCGAAGGAGCGCCUCUUUUGCCUCCAAAGCCUUCCUUUCAAUCCCCUGCUCUUCCUCCGAAAAUUGCCUUGUCGAAUGACGCGCCAGCAUUACCGCCCAAGAUCAAACUGGAAGAACCAGUAUUACCGACGCCUUCCAUUUCGGAUACGGCGCCUUCCAGUGGAGCUACGACGGAACGGGGAGAGCCUUUACGCACAUUGCUUGUUCCAGAGUCAUUGCAUCAGCGGUUUCUUCGUAUCGCUCAGCCAAAUACCAGCAAAAAUAUAGAAACAUGCGGUAUUCUCGCUGGCACUUUGAAAAACAAUAUCCUAAAAAUCACGACCCUCAUUAUACCCAAGCAGAUCGGCACGUCCGAUACAUGCACGACCGAAAACGAAGAAGAGUUGUUUGAGUUUCAAGAUAAACGCGAUUUGCUCACUUUUGGCUGGAUUCAUACCCAUCCAACCCAGUCAUGUUUCCUUAGUUCCGUCGAUUUACAUACACACUGUUCAUAUCAGCUCAUGUUACCCGAAGCGAUUGCUAUUGUAUGCGCGGUCACCAAGAAACCAAAUUUUGGUAUAUUCCGACUGACGGAUCCUCCCGGUCUGGACGUCAUUAGCACUUGUCAGCAACCGAGUGCUUUCCAUCCGCAUCCGGAUGUGCCCAUCUAUACUGAUGCACAUGGUUUGGGUCACGUCAAAGUGAAGGAUUACCACCUUGAAAUUGAGGACCUCAGAACAUGAUGAUAUUAUUUUUUUCUUAUAUUUUAUCGCCGCUUUCAUUUUUCCCCCAUCUGUAAAUAUACCUGAUGCGAGCGAAAGACACUAUUCUUUAUUUAUAUAUUAUCUUUUUGUAAUUCAGAAAGAAACAGCAAACUCAAAAGUAACAACAGCUU